GUCUGUAUCAUCUGUUAUAUGAUUGAUCCGGCGAAGGAUGCUGAAGUUCCGCGCGGACCGGAGGGUGAGUCAACAUGACCCAAGCGGACCAGCUGGACAGCCAGUGACCCAGUUCCAGCUGGAAGAGACCGGACCGAUACACACGUACAUAACGAGCUGUGAUUUGGAAAUGAAUGGGAAGGCUGGAGGGAGAGGACCCGUGAGUUCACCCACCGACGUCAACUCCAACUCCAACAGCACCACCAUGGUAUCAGACCUAUCUUCCCCAGAGUCCCAGACCCAGGCCCAGCCCUUCACCCCCCGGGCAUCUCGGACUCAAAGGAAAGCUGCUACGUUUGGGAAGCGUUCCAACUCCAUGCGGAGGAACCCAAAAGCAGAGGUGACCAAACAAGGAUGGCUAUACAAACAGGCCAGCAGUGGGGUGAAACAGUGGAACAAGCGAUGGUUCGUCUUGACUGACAGAUGCCUCUUCUACUACAGAGAUGAGAAAGAGGAAGGAGUGCUGGGAAGUCUACCACUGCUCAGCUUUCGGAUCGGAGGAGUGCAGACGUCAGAUAACAUCAGCCGCAAGCACGCCUUUAAGGCGGAACACGCUGGAAUACGGACAUAUUACUUCAGCGCUGAGACAGCCGAGGAACAGGAGGAGUGGGUUGAUGCCAUGAACGAGGCUGCACAGGUCCAAAUACAACCUUCAUAUAGGAUCACCAACUCAGAGGCCACCACACCCACAGCGGAACUCCGCGGUAACACCAUGGUAACCAAAGGACCGGAACCACACGCCCAGACAAACAUCGAGGAGGAUGACCAGAACAAUGACCUCCGAGACCCAGAUCGCGGACCACGAGAACCCGCCCAUCACAAGGUCAAUGGGGUCAACAACGGGAAAACGCCUCCACUCUCCCACAUGGAGCAGGAGGAGAGGAUGGGGGUAGAGAGAGUGGAGAGGGGAGAAAGAGGAGGACCUGCACCGGGGGGUGCUCACCAGCCCCAUCACCAGCCCAACGGAUGGGGCCCCUACGGCCCCCCAAACGGGCCCCCACACCAUGGAAACGGACCCCCUCAGGGAAACGGACCCCCUCAGGGUAAUGGCCGCCUGCCCCAGGGACCUCCAGAGGGAGGGCCGAGAGACGGGAGGGAGCAGCCUGAGAAUGUAGUGUUGAGACGGGGCUUUGUGCCACGGACCAACCCUGAGAGACAGGCCCAGAGGAAGAGCUCCAUGACACAACUACAGCAAUGGGUCAACCAGCGCAGAGGAAUGGCUGUACAUGAGGACCUGAACAGUCCUUCUCAUUACUUCUCAGUGAAUCGGGGGGCACCAGGGGACUACUACAGUGUGUACGGCAGCAUUGUGGGCGGCCCAGGCUUCGUUGAGGAGUACCCCCUCUACCCACCUGGCGUUCGCCCGGACAGCAUCUGCUCCGUGUCAGCCGUUAGCUACGACCGGCAGGGCCACCCUCGCUGGACCACAGAGGAGAAGAGACGCUCGCUGCGGGAAGACCCCCCCUAUACGCACCCCCGUCGUCACGCGACCCAUUCGCCCCCCCCACCGGGCCCGGCCUACUACGGCCAGAUGGACGCAGCCCAGACCUCCAUGAGGCGUCUGUCCAUCCAGCCCAGGUCUAGGUCCGUCCCCAGAUCUCCGUCCUCAUCCACGGGUGGGCCCUACUCGCCCGGCCCUCAUAGCUUUGUGUCCCCCGCCCGCUCGCCCUCUGCGCUGUUUGACAGAGGACCUGGAAGGUUACGGGAGGAUGUGAUCUAUGCUGACCCCUCGGUGUACGGGCUGAGAAGGUCUCUGAGUUCACCAAAGUAUGAUUACCCUGGAGACAGAAGGUCGCUAAGCCAAGGAAUGUACCAUUACAACUACCCUGCCUCCCCUUCGCUACACAGCAAAAUGGAGGACAUUUUAGACCUACAGCUCCAGCGGAACCUGGAGUACCUGGAUCAACAGGUGACCGGUGGAGAUCACCUUAUCGGAAUGCUAACCAGAAUGGUGGAGCGAUCCUCCCCUAGAGCAAAGCUCUUCACACAAGUGCCACCGUUCCGUGACCUCAGCAGGGAUCUUCAUCCCACACUGAAGCUCAACGAAAUCGAGACCAGCAAACUUCUGGGCCGUCUUUGUGAGCAGAACAGAAUUCUGAAGGACCAAGAAGCAAUGGUUCACAGGUUGAGAAUGGACAAGGACAGCCUAGAGGGGGCGCUUGUGGCCACGCACCAAGAGAUGGAACUGUACCGAGGACAGCCGCUGGCUGCAGACAAACUACAGCUCAAGAAGGAGACACUGCAGAACCAGCUCAUCAACAUCAGAGGAGAACUCUCCCAGGCAUCCAGUUCUUUGACUACCACCCGGAUGGAGUUUGAGGCCUUGGAAGAUGAAGUCAAUGCUAUUCAUGGAGACCUGUGGGAGCAACUGAAUGCAGGCGGGCAGAGUGAGUUGGUCCACAGACACAUUCAGAAGGAGUUCUGGAGAGUCCAGGAUGUGUUGGAGGGACUCCACAAGAGCAACCCUUCCCGAGGCACAGACACAGCCAAACACAGGGUGGCCAGUGGGGCGUCGGGUUCCUUUAGCACCAAUAGUCCUGCCAGUCCCCUGAGCUCAAUAAGCCUCACCAGUCCACUCAGCCCCUUCUCCCCAGUGCCCGCCUCCCAGGCCUCCCCUACCAAACACCUUGGUCCUGAGGACAUUGGCCCACCCCGGCCACCACUUCCAAAAUCCUACUACCCCCUGGAGUCACCCCCGUCCCUCCCCCCCUCCGUUCCCCCCCUGCCCUUCGACAGCUCCGCCUGGCUACGCAGCCUGGGCCUGGACGACGGUUACCUUGACGACGAAGAGUCCCACGGCAGAAAGCACAAGUACAGUUACCGGCAGGGUGUUUCCCCGGGAGAACGGACCAAUAACAAUGAAGUUCAGGAUCUUGAUCAGGAUCGACAGGCCAACAUGAAUAAAGUGGGAAUCGUUCCACCCAGGACUAAGUCUCCCAUGGAGGACCAAGGAAUAAACCGACGCAACGGCAAGGUGCCAAAUGGAAUCUCCAGGGAGCGUCCUAAGAGUGCAGUGUUUCCUGCAGAGGUCAAGUCCAAGAUGAGCAUUGAGGAGCAGAACGAGCGUAUCCGUAGGAACCAGAGCAGCUCGGUCAGGGACAAGAGGCGCAGUUUGAACUUGGGCAGCCAGGGCGGCGCCAACUACAGAGUGGUGAGGCGGAGGUUGACGGCCCACGAGGUGGACAUCAAGGACCUGGAGGCUGCUGUACGAGGCGAGGGGGUGCCGGAGUCCCCUAGAGAGGAAAUCGCUCGCCUCAGACGGUUACAGAUGGAACCAGACCACUACGACCUGGACAUCAGUAAAGAGCUGGCUGCUCCAGACAAGGUUCUGAUUCCAGAGCGUUACCUGGAUGUGGAACCCAACAUGCCUCUGAGCCCGGAGGAGCAGAAGGAGAAACAGAAGAAAGUAGAGAGGAUUAAGACACUCAUUGCCAAAUCAAAUCUCCAGAAUGUGGUUCCCCUAUUGGAUGGUCCGACUGAGGGGGGUGGUUCCUAUCACCAGGGCAACCCAGAGACGCAGCUCCAGGAGCAGGAGAAGAGAAUUGAGAUCUCCUGUGCCCUGGCCGCGGAGGCCUCACGACGCUCCCGGCUGCUCUCCGCCCAGUGUGCUCCCAGUCCCCCUGCCUCCCCGACCAGCCUGGCCACUCCCCCCUCCUCCGCUGACUUCCCCCGACCCCGCCCACAUCAUGAAGGUGUGAGUCUGUGAAGCUCAAGCUCUGGCUGCCGUCACGUUUGAUGGAGCAUCCUUCUGAGGAUCUACUGGAACAUGAAAUAAAAUCCCAAAGAAACUGCUUUUGUUUAUUCAACCUCCACAAAAAGUCCCCAACAGAAAGUAGCAGGACGUCCAACUGAGGACAUUUUCACGCCAAACAGAUGAUUGAUGGAGAGAAUGAAGGGCCACACCUCCCACUCACCGGUAGGAGGGCGCCAUGAAGGCACCUUCCUUGGUCAGCUACUACUCUUCUUAGCCCUGGCCGGGCAGAAACAACUGCUCUCCCAUGCUGUACAGACAGUGGAACAGCGUUUGGCCAGGAGGCCAUGGUUAGAAGGAUCACAGGGACAUGAGACCCAGGAGGAUGUUAGAGUAUCGUGACUGAUCGGUUCCGGGGGACAUUUAUCGUACGUGAUGCACAGUUCGCUGGUAAGAUGAACAGGGAAUCGACGGCCGGAGCUGGACUUUAGUUGAAACGACUGGGGAGAGGAAGGUUUUUAGUGGUGCCGAGAGCAGUACAGAACCAAUCAGAGAGCAGUACUGAACCAACGAGAGGCUGACGUGUUUUGUAUCACAGGGAAAGGUCCCAGGCAAGGACUAGGAAGCACAUGGAAAGUUGUUGAAGAGCUACAAAGAUAUGAGUGGAACAGUACCAAAAUAGUAGGAAGAGCAUCAGAAAAGAAUAUGGCCUCAUUCGAGCAAUGUAGUCUCCUUGACCCCUAGGUCGUUAUCUCAAACUCAGUUAUACAAUCCUUUAUGUUUGACUUCCUGCCAUUGUCCUCAGAAACCAUUAGUUGGUGAGCUGUCUUGCAUAGACACUGCGUGUGGCACACUCAACGCAUACACACACACACGUACGCACACACACAUAUAUACACACACACGUAUACACACACACACACACACACCAUCCUUCUUCCCCCAACCUCAUAGUUGCAGGGCACAGGUGUACAGCUGUGGUGGAAUGAGCCACCCUCCUUUCCAUUCAAAAUCUUAUAUCCUGGAUGAGGAACCUGCCUAGUGCAGAAUGAACCUGGCCUCCCAGCCCUGUACCCAGGCUGGCCUAACCUCUGUGUGUCUGUCUAGACUGUAGCUGCUUCUCUAGAUAUGAGUACAGCCCAUAUACCUGGAGCAUUAAAGCCAUUGGCCUCCUCUUAGUCAUUGCUUAGUCACUGAUAGGACCUGACUUCAGUGGUACAUGGAUAGCUGAAUGUGUGGAUAAAAAUAUAGAGAUACAUUUAUAUAAUUAUACUAUAUGGUUCUGUGUGUGGAAUGACUUCAAUGGGGGGAAAAGUGACCUUAGGGUGGCGUCUGUUGAAUCACAUCGUGACAAGAUGGGUUAUCAACCUGCAUCCCAGACACACUACGUAUCAGGAAGCCAAAUGCAUUUCUCAUCCUUCUGAUCAACACAUUUUUCAGGGUUACCUCAAAACACGACUUGUUAUUAUUUUUUUACCUGUUUCACCUGAUUCAGAUGAGACUGCUAGGCAGAGAUAGAAGCAUCCUGGCCAGGUUUACGAGAAUUAGAUUCUGUGUUGGAGGAUGUUCCAAGACAUUGUAAUGUGCCACCUUCUCCUCCCGCUCCUCCUUGUGUCCUCCACGCAGGUUGUUGACCCAUCCUAAGCAUUUGUAUUUGUCUGUUGAUAAGGAAAACCUGUCUGUCCGUCGAUCACUGUCAGCCAGCGUCUCCAGAUUUGAUCUGACACAUCUGUGAAAAUGGAACACUUUCUAUUGCCUGUCUUCAAUCACUAUCCCCUCAAAAAUCGUUUUCUUCCACCCCUUCUACUGUUUCUGUUUCAUUGUCAUUCUGGCUCAGUGAUACUGUUGGUUUUGUACAGGAAGAUAGACCUCUUUAGAUUCAAGCCUACAGGUUUGAUGGCGGGUUAAACAUUUGUAUACAUAAAGUAGAUUAUCAAUAGAAAUAAAUAGAAAAAAGGGUCUGAUUGAAAUAGCUAUAUAUUUUCUUGUUUUGAGAAAGGGAAAGGUCAAAAAGAUGCAGUACAUAUUUUUUUAGACGCAUGGGUAUUUGAUGACUCAAAGUUAAAACCGAUAGGUAAGACUUUUAAAACGUAAUCAGGAAUGUUUUGAAUUUUUCACAAUAUUGACGGGAAUUGAUUCUUGAUGAAAUAUUUUUUUUUUAAUUUAUUGCUUUUAGGAAGGCCCUGGUUGAACAUGACUUUGAAAAUAUAGGUAUAUUUUGGAUGAAUUGGAAUCAGAUGUGUUGGUAGAAACAAAACAGCCAAAUGUGGUGUGUCUAAUAUUUGAUAACAAUGUAGCAUUUACGGCUAAUAAUGAUAUGGAGAGAUUUAACACAUUGGUCAGUGUACAUAUUUCCAAUUUUAACUAUGUAUAUCAUAAUAAUAACAAAGUGUUGCUAUUUUGGAGAGAAUACACAAACUGCUUGAACUAUGCAAAUAAAAAAGUUGUAAAUCAUAUGCUCGCUUUAGGAAAACCUUCUUGCAAUAAAGUGAAUGUUUACACAUAUAUAUAUACACUAUGUGUUUCUUUUAACAUACUUUCAAAAUAUCUCUGCCAUACUUUCUAAGAAAAUGGUAAUCGUAUUCACAGAUGUUGUUACUGUUGCUUUGAUCUUGUUAUGGGUGUGGAGUAUCACUGCCAAAUUAAUCAUACUACUGAGAUUGUUUACUCACCUUUCUGUCUGUUAUAUUAAUAGACAUUUACUGAGAAUAUCAUAAGGACUCUAUUACCUAUAUCAUUAGGACUUUGUUCAAUUCUAUCGUAUGUGUGUCUGGAUAAAUAAACCUGAAGAUAUCAUGCAGA